AUGUAUCGGAGAUUCACCGCAGACAUGGCAGCCUCCAAACUACGGAUUGUUCUCUUUCUGGGAUCAACCAGAGACGGCCGCAUGGGUUUGAGGGUGGCCCGGUUUAUGAAGAAACAACUGGAACUGCACAACUAUCAUGUGGAUGUAUUCGAUCCUUUGGAGCUAAAGUUCCCUCUGCUGGAGAAAGCUGUUUAUCAUUACCCAGACCGCAGCCAAGCUCCCAAGUGGAUGGUGGAGUGUGAGGAGAAAGUGAAACAGGCAGAUGCAUUUGUGGUGGUCUCUGCCGAAUACAACCACAGCAUCCCUCCAGCUCUCAGUAACAUGCUGGAUCACUUCCCAGCAAGUAUCUUUGGCUACAAGCCCAGCGGCAUUGUCACCUACUCCAUGGGGAUAUAUGGCGGUAUGAGAGCAGCGAUGCAGCUGCGAGCUUUUCUGAGCGAACUAGGAACUCUAAGUGUGUCCAACAUAUUUGGUAUCCCAGAAGUGCAAAAAGCCCUGGAUGAAAAUGGCAAGCCUAUUAAUGACCACAUGGAGAAGGCAGCAAAGACGCUGAUUCAACAACUCGACUGGAUGACAAAAGCCAUGAAAACUCACAGGGACAAGUUUGGAGUUCCGCAGUAA